CAGAAAAGUCCCUUUUUCUUCCUCACUUUCACUUUCUGUUGAAGACUCCAAACGUUCCUCCUCACACAAGCAGUUAUAGAGAGACCGUAUCUGUUUUUGUGACAUUGAUCGGGAAUGGCAAACAUAAAGGUUUCACCGGCAGCCAUUGAAAAGGUAAAUGGAUUCCAAAACCAACUCUCCAAGGAAGCCGAUGAGCUGAUCUCAGUGGGAUUUCCUAAGAAGAUUGACGAGUUAGACAAACUUCUCAGUUCUCCAGAACUGAAUGUUUCUGAUUUGAAAACAUUAAAAGCUGAGCUGGAUAUACCUAUCCCAGACCCUGAGAAAGAAAAAGCAAAGGAGAAAGAGAAGAAAGAAAAAGAUGACAAAAAGAAAGAUGAUGAGGAGGAAAAAGGCCCUCCCUGUGGUCCAAUUUCUUGUAAUGAGAAAAUCACAAGUUUGCAAAGAAAGAUCAAGACUGAAAUCCAGCAAUUAAAGGAAAAUCUGAAUAUGGUUACGCUUUGGCUGCAGCUACAGAUUCCGCAGAUUGAGGACGGGAAUAACUUUGGAGUAGCGGUUCAGGAAAAAGUAUUUGAACUAAUGACUAGUGUAAGGACCAAGAUCGAUGCAUCUCAUACUCAGAUAUCGAAAUAUCUGUCUGAUCGAGGAGAUGCAGUGGCCAAAGCAGCAAAAAGUCCCCAUGUGGGUGAUUAUCGUGCUCUUGUUCAGCAACUGGAUGAAUCCCAAUACUCUGAGCUCCGGAUCACAGCUUUGGAAAUAAGGAACUUCUACGCUACACUAUGUGAUAUUAUUAUUAAGAAUUACAGCAAGAUUAAAAGACCUCGUGGAGACACCAAGAGACUCGUCUACUAAGCACAUUUCCUGUAGACUUACAUUUUUUUGGUAAAGAUAUAACAGUUUGAUUUUCUGAUUUAAAGGGGGUUUUCUGGGAUUUUAAUAUUGAUGGCCUUUCCUCAGGAUAGGUCAUCGAUCUCAAGCUGUCCCAUUCACUUCUAUGGGACAGCUCCUUCCUAUACAUUU